AUGAAAACAUGUUACUAUGAAUUAUUAGAAGUAUCAUCAACUGCUACUGAAACCGAAUUGAAAAAAGCCUAUCGUAAGAAGGCAUUACAACUUCACCCUGAUAAAAACCCUGAUAACGUUGAAGAAGCCAAUCACAAAUUUUCAUUAGUUAGAGCUGCUUAUGAAGUUUUAAGUGAUCCACAAGAAAGAACAUGGUAUGAUAAUCAUAAACAAUCGAUUUUAAAUGAUGAAGAUGAGAUAAUUGAAGGAGAAUCAUAUUUACCUUCGAUUUCCACGGAAGAAAUUUAUCGAUUUUUCAAUCCAGGAAUGUAUACUGAAAUGAAUGAUUCAAUAUCAGGAUUUUAUCAAAUUGUCACCAGAAUUUUCGGAAGAUUAGCUCAUGAAGAAAUCCAACAUGGGAAAUAUUCCAAAGUCCCUGGAUAUGAUAAAUAUCAUGAUGAUGAUGAUAAAAACAUUAAUGUCAUUGAUCCUUCAUUAUUAAUGUAUCCACGAUUUGGAAAUAGUCAAAGUUCUUAUGUUGAUCAAGUUAGACAAUUUUAUAAUAUAUGGGGGUCAUUUCAAACUUGUAAAACAUUCAAUUGGAAAGAUGAAUAUCGAUAUUCAAUAGCUCCUGAUAGAAGAACUAGAAGAAUGAUGGAAAGAGAAAAUAAAAAAUUACGUGAUGAAGCUAGGAAAGAAUAUAAUGAAGCAAUUAAAAAAUUUGUUAAUUUUAUUAAAAAACGAGAUCCAAGAGUUAAAUCAGGUCAAGAAGAAUUGAAUAAAUUAAAUAAACGUAAACAAUUACAAGAAUAUGAAAAUCAAAUUCGUCAACAACAACAUUUAAAUAAAUUGAAAAAUAAUGGGGCUAACAAAUUUACUGAACAAGAUUGGCAAAAAUUAACUCCUGAAGAAUUACAAGAAUUUGAACAAAUGUUACAAGAAGAAUAUGAAGGAGAAGGAGAAGAAGAAGAUGAUGAUAGUACUGAUUCAGAAUUUGAACAAUAUAAAAAUGGAAAUAGCAAUGAAAAUAAUUAUGAAAUUCAUGAAUUUGAAUGUAUUGUAUGUGAUAAAAUUUUUAAAAAUGAGACACAAUUUCAAAUUCAUGAAGAUUCUAAAAAACAUAAAAAAAAUGUUCGUCAAUUACAAUGGGAAAUGAAACAAGAAGGUAUUGAAUUGGGUAUAGAUAAACAUGAUGAUAAUGAUCUAAGUGAAUUUGAAACUGCAUCAAGUGAAUUUCAUUCCGAUUAUAGUGAAGAAGAACUAGAGGAAGUGGAAGAAUACAAAGAGGAUCAAGAAGAUCAAGAUGUUGAAGUUAAACCAAGCAAGGAUAAUAUAGUAGAGGAAUCUAAGAGUAAAAUUGAUCUUGAUAAUUUAGAAGUGGAUGAUGAAAUAGAUGAAGAUUCUGUUAUUAAUACCACCACCACCGCCACAGCAACAUCAAAGAAAGGAUCUAAAGCAUCGUUAAAUAAAGUGGAAGAAGAUUUAGCCAAAUUAUUGGGACAAACAAGUCUAACAACAAACAAUAAUGACGAAUCAGAUGAUGAUGAUGAUGAUGAUGAUUGGCUGGAUAAUAAGAAAAAAUCCAAAAAGGGGAAAAAGACCAAGAAGAAAUCGCAAACUAAUUCCAAAGAAUCAACACCCAAUAAUAAUACAGAAAGUAAACCGGUAAUAAAUCCAAAUACUGAAAAAUGUUCAGUAUGUGGAACAAUUUUCCAAUCAAGAAAUCAAUUAUUUAAUCAUGUUAAAUCUGAAGGUCAUGCAGCACCUCCACCACCACCACCACCAAAGUCAAAAUCAAAAUCUAAAAAGAAAAAUAAACGUAAAUAA